AAAACUUACCUCGAUCAUGGUGAACGAUGUGAUAACGUGACAACUAUACGAAAGAUUCAAUUUCCGGAGGAAAAAAUGUCAUCCGUCACUAGAGACGAUUAUUACAUCGAGAAUUACUACGAUUAUGCCAUUCAUCCACGUUCAUUCAAUAAUUACACCGUUCCAACGACGCAUCUCCACUGGAAUUCAUUAACCCGUCUCGUCCUGACGAUCCUGUUGCGCAUCGGCUUCGUCCUCGUGCAAAUUGGCAGCGUGCCGAUCAACAACGUUAAUCUGAUACUCCUUCAAAAUCUGGUCGAUCUGUGUUGCGUCACCGUGAUGUACUUCCUCACUGGUUUCCUCGUCGCCUACAACGGCGACGUGGCUGGUUUGAUCGGCGAAGGUCACUGGAUCGGUGAUCCCACGAUCGACAAAAACGAAGCGAUCAUCGGCUGGCAAGCGGUGGUGAUCGCAUCGGCGAUCUGCACCGGUGUUAUCGUGGGCAGAAUGCACACAGUGGGAUAUCUGCUGGUGAAUAUUCUCUUAGCCGGUCUGAUACAACCGCUGCUGAUCCACUGGGCCUGGACCGCUCAAGGAUGGAUGGCGGAGAACGAAUUGGGCGGAAGAAUAGUCACUUUCAAGGAUUACGCUGGUGCUGGAGUAGUCCACGUCGUCGGAGGAUUUUCAGGUCUGAUUGGAUGUCUCGUUCUCGGCAGAAGAAUACUCAUAUUGAGAGAUCUGGAUGAUGCGAGUAUCACCGCCGGUUCCCCUGGGACAGUUUUCGGAGGUCUCCUAUUAAUAUUUGCCGGACUUCAAGGCUUAUGCAUGAAUACGCAGGACCGUGACAAACUCCGAAUCUAUAUGCAAGAUCCAUCGUACGCGUAUGUCAAUAAUUUGCUAGCCGCGUCCUCGUGUACCCUGUUGGUCGUCGCUCUGCAUUUCACAUUCAGCCGAGAAGCCUUCAAUCAUUGGACGGUGAUGAGAUGUGUUCAAGGCACAAUCGCCGGUGUAGUGAUAGUAUCGGCUGCGGCGAACGAUUAUUCGCCGCAAAUAGCUAUUGUCUUGGGUUGUCUGGGUGGUAUUGCCUUCUAUUUGACCUCCAAACAGGUCUUUCGCAGCGCUCUGGAGGAUUACUGCAAUAUUAUAGCUAUACACCUUGUUUGCGCGAUUCUCGGUAGCGCGUUGGCUCCUCUCUGUCUUGCAAGCACCGACGAAGAUACCGUGACGAUACUAUUGAGUUUCUCCUGGCAAUUAAUUUGCUUGGUCGCGUUAUUGGCUCUGGUUGCUACGGCGAUGUUGCUGGUCUUCGGCAUCCUGGAAUGCUGCGGAAUACUUCGUAAUAGAUCGGAAUGUUUCAAUCAUGCACGAGCUAAUGCUGCCAUCGGCAGAGGUCCACCGAGAUCGUUUCUGCAAAGACUUUUCUUUCCUGAUAGCGGAUGCCUCUAUUUGCAACCUAGCUCGAUCUCCGAUCCAAAACAUGGGCCAAGUGUUGGUUCUAGAUCUUGGAAGUAUCAAAAAGAGAUAGACGAACUUGAAGAAGGGAGAUCUAUCGAGAGGAAACCAAAUGUAAAUGUUAAGAUUGAUGAUGAAGUUAUGAAAGUUCAAGUACCAGAAGCAAGAGUAAAGAAAGCAAGACAAGUGCAUACUUUGUCUGGAUUUACACCUGCGUUGAUAGAGGACCAAGGUGGUACUGGUGAAUCGAUUAACAAUGAUCUUUUGGAAAUUGGAAGAAGACAAUUUUUUGGCAAAGAAAUAAAAUAUAUUUUAGAUCCUAUUGAAGAAAUAGAUGAGGAGAUCUUGAAAGAAUUUGAAAUCAAAGAGGGUAACGUUCGACAUAAAAUUGAAGAUUAUAAUGUUAAUGAUAAAAGUUUAAUUUUGACGGAAAAUUUUAAUACGAGAGCUGCAAAACCAAAGAAUUUGAACGAGUCGAAUUAUCAGCUUCGGAGAACCGUAAAACUGACAAAUUUAUAUCAUGAAUUUAUCAAAGAAGACGUGAAAAGUUUGGAACCGAAACGCGUAGAUUCUUCAUCCAGCGAUUCGUGUGAUGAAGACACUAUCUUUGAAAAGACGCCAGAAUUGAACGCGCGCGAAUCCACAAAAGAUAUCGCAAUAAACAAUGAUUCAUUAAUUUAUAGUGUAAAUUAA